UGCUUCAUGGUUCAUAGGUUGCCAGCUUCGUAAACCAGAGUUUGCUGAACCGGGGGCUUGUCGGGGGUUUGCUGCUUGGCUGACUUUCAAUUGACUUUAUCAUUUCUCUCACUGGAACAAGCUUAUAACGAAGAGUGACAUGAAGGCAACGCAAUCAGUUUGUGUGUUGGUUAUUGUCCUCUGCUCCUUUCAAUGGACACUUUCACAGUCAAGGUGUGAAUGCAAUAGUGAAGAAGUUGACUGUGAUGAUCCCUGUAUACGUAACGGUCUUGCAAUUACUGGUGGAAUUAUUGGAGGCGUGAUUUUCAUAGUAAUAGUAGUAAUAUCAGUUGUUCUCUGCUGUGUUUACUACCACUGGAAAAGACGUGCUUCAACCACAAGCACCGGUUUUCAUGACACCACGGGUCGUUUCUGAUUUCCCAGCAUGACAAUUUCACUCAAUGUGACUAUUAUAUGAAAUUACUCAAACAUUGUACUAUAAAUAGUAUUGACUGAUGUAGUGUUUGUUUUUGCUCAUUGU